CUCACUUCCGGGACAGCCAUUUUGCUCUGUGGCUGGUCGGGGUUGGACUUGGGUCGCAGCGAUUGGUGAUAGUGGCCACCCAGUGAUUGUAGCGACCCUCCUGCGCCUGCCAUGUCGGACUUCGAUAGCAAUCCCUUUGCUGACCCGGACCUCAAUAACCCCUUCAAGGAUCCUUCUGUUGCACAAGUGACAAGAAAUGUUCCACCAGGACUAGAUGAGUAUAAUCCUUUCUCUGAUUCAAGAACACCUCCCUUAGGAAAUGUGAAAAUGCCUAAUGUACCCAGUACCCAGCCAGCAAUAAUGAAACCAACAGAAGAACCACCUACUUACACACAAAUUUCAAAGGAGCGUGCCUUGGCCCAGGCAGAACUGCUAAAGCGUCAAGAAGAACUGGAAAGAAAAGCAGCUGAACUAGAUCGCAAAGAAAGGGAAAUGCAGAGUGUCAAUCAGCAGGGGGGUAGAAAAAAUAACUGGCCACCUCUUCCUCAGAAUUUUCCAGUGGGUCCAUGUUUCUACCAGGACUUUUCUGUAGACAUUCCUGUAGAAUUUCAGAAGACAGUAAAGAUUAUGUACUAUUUGUGGAUGUUCCAUACAGUGACACUGUUUCUUAAUAUCUUUGGAUGUUUGGCCUGGUUUUACAUUGAUGCUACACGAGGGGUUGAUUUUGGAUUGAGUAUCCUCUGGUUCUUGCUUUUUACCCCUUGUUCUUUUGUCUGCUGGUACAGACCACUUUAUGGAGCUUUCAGGAGUGACAGUUCAUUCAGGUUCUUUGUGUUCUUCUUUGUAUAUAUCUGUCAGUUUGCUGUACAUAUACUUCAAGCUGCAGGAUUUCAAAGAUGGGGAAACUGUGGGUGGAUUUCAUCUCUUACUGGUCUUAAUAAGAGUAUCCCUGUUGGCAUUAUGAUGAUAAUCAUAGCUUCACUUUUCACAGCAUCUGCUGUUAUUUCAUUAGUUAUGUUUAAAAAGGUGCAUGGUCUCUACCGCACAACUGGUGCUAGUUUUGAGAAAGCGCAGCAGGAGUUUGCAACAGGAGUGAUGUCCAACAAAACUGUACAAACUGCUGCAGCCAACGCCACAGCAACAACCAGUGGAGCUCAGAAUGUGUUCAAGGGUAACUGAAUGUAGAGAAAUAUAAAAAGUCAUGACGGUUCUCUUCCAUUGUACUUUAUUUUCCAGUCACUUAUUAUAUUCUCUAAAAACAUAUAUCAAAAUGCACACAGCAUGUUUGUUUCUUCUGCAGCAGUGCAUAGGUAAAAUGGGAAAUAUUUGGUUUAUUUUAUAAUAAAUUUAUUUCUUUUAAAAAGAUAACCAUUCUCUGUGCUUAUUUAAAAUGUUGCAUUUUGGAUUAUAAAGCUUUCCUUAUUUAGGGAAGAUAAAUAAUUUCAACAAUUGGCCUGAGAAUGAAUUGUGGUAUAUAAUGAUCAAAUAAAUAUAUUAAGAAUUUGGAGGGGUUUUUAGUGGUUCACUCUGGUAUUUCUUUUUAACUUCAGGAAAGGACUUUGGAUCCAUUUUUUUUUUCUUUGUAAGAACUGUUUUCCCUAUUUCUGCUAUAAGUGGGGGAGACUGAGAGAUGUAGAAGUUUAGGUUUGGCUACUGCUUUUGCAAUUUCAGCAGCUGCUGGAGGACAAAUACAAAUACAAUAGAUAUAAAUUAUGUUGGUUUUAUUUUUAGGAUAAGUCUUUUGAUAUAAACAUGUAAGUUUGCAUGAAUACUGUUAUCGGAUCUUGUUUAAAUAGUGUUUUGGUCCAAAAUUUGCCUGUGCUGCAUUAUAGUGUUUGUAUCUAUUUUCAUGGAGUAUUCUCUAUCUGUGAGAAAUUACUAUGGUGCAGAAAUGUUGUCUUUAAUAGAAUGUGUACUGCAGUCUAUAGUUUAAGGAAGUUAACUGAUGGUUUCAAUCACAGAGCUAAAUGAUUAUAUAUUUACUAGUUUUAAUUUCAGUAUUCAUGUCUUGGGGUAGUCAUUUUGUUGGAAAAGAAAAAAAUAUUGACCUUUAGAACCCUAGUUUUGUGCCACCCUUCCCUCUUACAAGCAGUGGUAUUUUUGUUGUGUUUGGGAUGAGUAGAUUUGUGUUUAACAGUGGUACUAAAUCUCUAGCCUUAUCAGUCACAAUGUUUACUGUUUGUCCAAAAAUCUAAAUAUACAGUAUUUAAUUUUCUAAAAUAAAGCUUUUUAAGCAAUGGCAUUUAACAGAUACAUGCAUUCAUUUUAACAUAGCCAUUUCUGUGAAUUGAUUUAAGUUGGGGGGGAAAAGCUUUUAAACUAUUUUGAGUUUGAAAAGUGAGAAAUCUUCAUCUUCCACAAAGUUAAUUUUAGCUCGUUGAACUGGAGUCCUAAGAGGUUAAAUUGGUGCUGUGGAACUGAACAGUCCAUAAUGGUGCAUACUAUCAAAAUAUUCUAGAAUUGAAUCAUGUCUUACUAUAAAGCAACAUUUCUCUCCUUUGAAGGCUAUUUGAUAUUCUUGGAUUGCCUCAUGAGUCUUAUGCACAAUAGUUGGGCUUUUUUUUUUAACUCUGUUUUAGGAAAUUAAAACAGGAAGGGACCACAUCCCACAACCUGUAUAAGUACACACUGUAGCUGGAAGGAAUUCAGCUCUUAGGGUGAGUUACCUUUAGUAAGACUGAGCAUAAAAUUCAUGUUCUGAAUCUAAACAGACUUUCAUAGAUAAAUUCUUUUCCACUGCAGUAUAUUUAUAAUAGCAUAAGAGUAUAACAAAAAAGAAAACCUUUAGCUUAAUCCCCCAGUCAGGACUGUACUGUUACCAUGAAGUCCCUAUUAGUAUCCUUUCUUUUACCAGUUUCUUUAAAUCCAUCUUGAAUUUGGAUAAAUGUAUUAGUUUCACCUAUGCUGAAGUUCAUAUUAAUGAAUAUACUUGCUUCUAAAUAUUCUCUUCAUCAUGAAGUUAAAAGUAAUUUAAAUAUUCUAUGUAAUAGGGGCUCUAAAAUUCUAUGCUAGUGGACAUGCUAUCAUUGAACUUAAAUUUGUGUGGAAUGUUAUUAAAUACUUUCCAGACAGAAGCCACAAUUUUCUCAAGAUCAGGCAUCACACCUCUAACAGCUGUAUAUCAAAAUUGUUCUUUUCAUAAUCUUUUUAAAUUAACUUGAAGGUUGUAUCUAGGAACUCUACUAUGGAUUACUUUUAAAUUUAAGCAAUUCUUUUGGAUAUCUCUUGGCUAUGAAUCCUAGGGACAUCAUCCUUGCAAUUUAAAGAUUGCAUAAUAACAUACGUUACCAGAAUAUAUUAUGGAAGAAACAUUAGGAAUAAAACCUGAAUUUGACAGGUAGAUUCCCCCCCCACACACAAAUGUUUAACUGCUCUUUGGGAAAACAUAUUUAAUGUUCUAUAUAUAGAGAUUGUUGAUUUGUAAUGUCAUGGGUUGAAUGUACAGAUUUUAACCUCCUAAGUGAAAUUCAAGGUUCAGUUACACAUGAAUUAUUUAAACCAGAAAUCUCUGAUGCUUUGCAGCCCAAAAGUGAGGGAGAAGUUAGAGUUUAGCUUUGACAACAGAAGGCUGAUAUUUAUUGGAAUAUUUUGUACCUAACAAAACUAGAUUUUACAUCCUCUUAUUAAUUAAUCAGAAUAUGGUGCCCACUCAAGUUGUCAUUUUGUAAUAUUGUGGAAAACUGAGUACAAAGUUUAAACACUGGAAUGUCUGUAGUCAUUGAUCUGCAAUUUAGGAGUUGGUUUUAUUUAUCUCGGGGAUGUUUGUAUAUUUUGUAAAUUACUAACAAUGCUCUGCCAUCCUGGUGAAUGUCAUAGUUCUCUACAAAUGCACUUCUGUUCCUCUGUUGCAUGUUUGAGUAGUUCAGAAGAUUUGUCUAUUUAUUGUAUUAACACAGUGUCAUAGAAUAAAAAAAGAUUUCCUUUUUCUGGAUAUUUGCUCUGUAUAGUUUUGAACAAUAUAGGGAUUUUUCUUUUAAAGGUCAGGAUAACAUGCAGGGUGGCUGAUCUAUGUACAAGUACUCUCAGGCACAUGGUGUGAUUCUUGGGGAAUCCUGCAUGGGGCCAGGAGUUGGACUCGAUGAUCCUGAUGGGUCCCUUCCAAUUCAGCAUAUUCUAUGAUUUUAUGUCUCACUUGGUUCUUAUAAUUCAUAGAAUCAGAGAUUAUCCUGAGUUGGAUAUGUGCCUGAGACUGUUGUCCAAACACUUUUUAAACUCUGACAACCUUGGUACUGUGACCACUUCCCUGGGGAGCCUGUUUCAGUGCCCAACCACCCUCUGGGUAAAGAACCUUUUCCUAAUAUCCAACCCAAAUCUUGCCUGACACAGCUUCACGCUGUUCCCUUGGGUCCUGUCACUGGUCACCAGAGAGCAGAGAUUGGUAUCUGCCCCUUGGCUUCCUCUCAUGAGGAAAAUGUAGACCACUACAAGGUCUCCCCUCGGUCUCCUCUAGGCUGAACAGAACAAGUGACCUCAACCGCUCCUCAUAAGGCUUCCCCUCUAGGCCCUUCACCAUCUUCAUUGCCCUCCUUUGGACGCUCUCUAAUAGCUUAAUAUCUUUCUUAUAUUGUGGUGCCCAAAACUGCACACAGUACUUGAAGUGGGGCUGCCCCAGUGCAGAGUAGAGCAGGACAAUCACCUCCCUUGACCAGCUGGCAAUGCUGUGCCUGAUGCACCCCAGGGCAUGGUUGGCCCUUUUGGCUGCCAGGGCACACUGUUGACUCAUAUUCAACUUGCCAUCAAUCAGAACGCCCAGAUCCCUUUCCACGGGGCAGCUCUCCAGGGUCUUGUUCCCUAGUCUAUACAUGUAUCCAGGAUUCCCCUGUUUCAGGUGCAGAAUCUAACGCUUGCCUUUGUACUUGCCUUCUAGUCUCAAAGGAACUAUCUAGAAAUGUUUGUGCCAGAAGUCCCAGUAGAGAUGGGGCCUGCAUCUAAUGAAGGCACCCAACAUUCUUCAGCUCCUCUGUGUAGGGUAUAAAAAAACACCAACAUGGUACUUCUGUUACUGUACCAGAUUAUCUUUACACAUGAGAAGGAAAAUACUGUCCACAGUGUAUAACUUGGAUUUUUUAGUUGUUACUUUAUUGAAGACAUGGUUCUAAAAACCACUGAGUUCUUAUUAGACAGUCAUUAUUCUCUAGGGUUCUUUGGUAUUUUUGCAGUUGAUUUGUUUCUCUGGAUGUUAAAGCAUUUCUUUUUUUUCAAUUGAUUUUGCUCUCUGUGCAUUUAGUCCUCCCUAUAAAUUGUAUCAAAGCUCCAGUAAAUGAUCUUCUCUGGUAGGAAAAAUAAGAUCCUUUUUCCUCUCUUCAUUCUUGUCCCAUUAUGGUAUUUUUUCUCCUUUAACCUUGCCUUUCCUACUAUUCCAAAUUCUGAAAUUGCAUCAUCUCAUUCUUUGGUCCUCAAGUAUAACCAAAACUGUUAUGACAAACUUUGAAAAUGCUAAAUAAUUCUUUCUACUAGACAUUUUGAAAUGUCUAGUUCAGAUCUCCAUCAAAACAGUAUUUUACUCACACUUAUUUUCUCAGCUACAUAAUUGUCCCUGUUCUCUAGUUUGUCCUCACUGGCAUAAAAGAUGAAUGUCUGCAGAACACUGUAUCCAGCUCUGAGGAAUUCCCAGUGAAGCUGGCAAACUGCAAAGAAUUAAAAGAGAUGAAGAGAUGUUUGGUACAAUUAUUACUACUGUUAUCCCAAAACUAAAUGUUUAUUGAAUUAAUGUUACUGUAAAAGAAGUGAUACUGUGUUUACUAAAAGAGUGAUUAUGAAAGAGUUGAAGCAGUACCCCAGUCUAUGUAGAAUUCCUUUCUUCCCACUCAUAGAACAUUAGGUAGAAAAUUUUCUCCUUAGUUAUUCUAUGCUGACUGAGGAUUUCUAUUUAGCUCAUCAGUAGAUUCAGUUUUGUAUGCAACUGCAGUGGGUUGACCCUGGCUGGAUACCAGCUGCCCACCAAGUCAUUCUAUCACUCCCCUUCCCUGCCCGACAGGGGACAGAGAAUACGAUGGAAAAUGACUCGUAGAUUGAGAUAAGGCAGUUUACUAAAGCAAAAGGGGAAGCUUGCGCACGCACAAGCAAAGCAGAAAAUAACAAGGUUUAUUCUCUACUUCCCAUUAGCGAGCA